UUUAUUCACUUAUUAUUUGUAAGGCCAGUCGAGUUGCGACUGCUUGAUUAACCAGAUCGUUAAUCUUUGCUCUCAGAUACUAUUAAAUUUGUUUUGUAUAAAAUAAAAACAAAAUGAUAUUGAUUCUUUAAACAUAAAAUCAUGGACUUGCAAACGUUGAUUACUACGGUAUUAAUUACAUUAAUUUUGUUAUUAAUUAUCCUGAAUUCUUAUAUACAUCGAAGCAAGCAAGGGCAGCUUACUGAUAAAAUUCCUGGACCUAAAUGGUAUCCAAUUAUUGGCAAUGCUUUAGAUCUUAUGGUACCGCUUGAGGAUCUUUGGAAUUUUUUCCGACGUUCGUCAAGAAAUUAUUAUCCUGUUUACAAGCUGUGGCUUGGUGUUUGGCCCAUCAUCAAUAUUCAUCAUCCCGAUGACGUUGAAGUUAUACUGAGCAGCAAUAAAAACAUUAAAAAAAGUUUAUUCUACGAUUAUUUACAUCCGUGGUUAAACAGCGGUCUUCUUACAAGUACCGGAGAUAAAUGGCGCGGUAGAAGAAAAAUAUUAACACCAGCUUUUCAUUUGCAUAAUCUUAACGAGUACAUGGGAUCAAUUGUUGAUCAUAAAGAUCGUUUAAUUAGUGGAAUAAAAUCAGAAAUAAAAUCUGAAGAUGGUGUUAUCAAAGAACUUUUGCCCUUACUAUCCUCGUCUACACUCAACAUAAUAUGCGAAUCAUCAAUGGGAGCUACGAUGCAAGAAAAUGACCCUGAACAAAAAAAUUACAAGCAGUCGGUUUACGAAGUAGGAGAAAUUUUUUACUACAGAGCCGUCAGACCGUGGUUCAACAGCGAUUGGAUCUUCGGUUUCUCAGCCAAAGGUCGCGAGCAAGCUAAGUGUUUAAAGACAUUGCACAAAUUCACUGAUAAAAUAAUAAAAGAACGACAACAAUAUCACAAAGACACCAAAGGUAAAUAUUUAGAUGAUUUCGAGGGAGGGACAAACUUAAAUUCACAGUAUGAUGAAACAGUAAAGCGUAAGAGACUGGCCUUCCUUGAUCUUUUGAUCGCAGCCUCAAAACGAGGCCUCGGUGUGGAUGAUCGCGGAAUUAGAGAAGAAGUCGAUACUUUUGUUUUUGAAGGUCAUGAUACCACGGCCAUGGGAUUACUUUUUGCUAUUUUACUUUUGGCUGAGCAUAAAGACAUUCAAGAACGAGCGAGACAAGAAAUAAAUUCAGUAUUAAAAGCCACCGAUGGAAAAAUGGGCAUCAAUGAGAUCCAAAAGUUUUCGUACUUGGAAUGUUGUAUUAAGGAAGCGUUGAGACUUUAUCCAAGUGUUCCGGUUGUUUCGAGAGAAAUUCAAGAAGAUAUACAAUUAAAACAUUGUUUAGUACCCAAAGGAGCAGUUGUAAAUAUUCAUCUAAUAGACACACAUCGUGAUCCCAAUUUUUGGCCGCGUCCAAAUAUUUAUGAUCCUGAAAGAUUUGCAUCAGAUCGUAUCGAAAAACGGCAUGCGUUUUCAUACGUUCCGUUUAGUGGAGGUCCACGUAAUUGCAUUGGUCAAAAAUUUGCUAUGCUUGAACUAAAAACAGUAAUUGCCGGAAUAUUACAUGCUUUUUAUUUGGAACCACAAGAUACAGCAGCAGACAUGAAGAUCCUUUCUGAUCUUGUUAUCAGACCAGCUACGCCAGUUUACGUGAAAUUUGUACCAAUUGUGUUCUUAAUUUCCAUAACUAUAGAUCAUUUAAAGGGACAAAUGGUUUUAUACAUUUUAUUAAUUAUACUUCUCUUAUAUAUUUAUUAUAUUUAUAUGAAAUUUUUACACCGACCGCGUCGAAUGGUAUUUUAUUUAGAGAAAAUUCCUGGUCCUAAAACACUUCCAAUUCUUGGUAAUGCUUUAGAUUAUUUAGUCACGCCAGAUCAAUUAUGGGACUUUACACGAUUUUUAAACAAUAAAUAUUACCCGAUUUCGCGAGUAUAUAGUCUUAAAGAUGGUGGAAUUCACAUUCGUCAUCCCGACGACGUUGAAAUAUUACUAUCGAGCUCAAAGAAUAUUACAAAAAGUAAAAUUUAUUCUUUUUUGUACCCUUGGUUUGGUACCGGUUUAUUAACGAGUACGGGAAGCAAAUGGCAAAAAAGAAGAAAAAUAUUGACUCCAGCAUUUCAUUUCAACGUACUAAAAGAAUUUUCGGAUAUUUUUGACCAAGAAGCGCGACGUAUGGUUCACGAUUUACAAUCUCAAGAAGAAGAAUACGUAACAGUAGAUCUUGUUCCUUUCAUAACACAAUAUACUUUAAAUGCUAUUUGUGAAACGGCGAUGGGAACGUCACUGGAAGGACAAAAAAGUUCGAUGGAUAGUUUCCAGAAAAUUUAUCGCAAAGCCAUACACGAUCUAGGAAACUUAAUGUUGCACAGACUAUUAAGACCGUGGCUGCAUCCAGAUUUUUUAUUCAAUCUUUCACCUACAUCAAGGAUGCAAAGUAAAUGCUUGGACAUCGUCCGUGGAUUUUCUAAAAAGAUUAUCGGCGAGCGUAGAAAGUACCAUGAAGACACUCAAGGAAUUCAUUUGAAGGAAUUCACAGAGACAAGUACUGCAGAAGACGUAGACAGGCAAUUAUUCAGGAAAAAAAGAUUAGCAAUGCUUGAUCUACUAAUUGCCGCAAUGCAAAACGGUCAUAUUGACGAAGAUGGUAUCUGGGAGGAAGUUGACACUUUUAUGUUUGAGGGUCACGAUACCUCGGCGAUGGGAAUUUGCUUUACUCUUUUACUUCUGGCAGAACAUCGUGAAAUUCAGGCACGAGUAAGAGAAGAAUUUGAUGACGCUAUUGAAAGUUCCAAUGGUCAAAUAACUAUUACGGUAUUACAAAAGUUAUCUUAUCUCGAGCGUUGUAUCAAAGAAGCUUUGCGUUUAUAUCCAAGCGUUCCGUUUAUUUCUCGAGAUAUUACUGAUGACAUGCAACUAAGAGAUUAUUUUAUACCAAAGGAUGUGAUGGCCCAUGUCCAUAUCUAUGAUUUACACCGCGAUCCGAAUUUUUGGCCCGACCCAUUGCGGUACGAUCCAGACCGAUUUUUACCUGAGAACAGCUACGGAAGACAUCCUUUUGCAUAUGUGCCGUUCAGCGCAGGACCGAGAAAUUGUAUUGGACAAAAAUUUGCAAUGCUAGAAUUGAAGGCGAUAAUUGGACACUUGAUACAUAACUUUUACUUAGAGCCCAUUGACUUGGCAGGUGAAAUCCGAAUGAUGCCGGAUUUAGUUCUAAGACCCAAAAAUUCUGCGAGGAUUAAGCUAAUGUCUCGUUGUAAGUGAAUUAUUUAGUGAGACAAUUAAACUGUUGAUAGUAGAGGUCGUUUACUUGAAAAAAAUUUUAUUAAAUUCCAAAUUUUAAUAUUUAAAAUACCAUUAAUAAAAUUUAAUUUUCCAAUAA